UUGAGGUACAAAGCCGUCCACCAUUGCCUUUGCCUCUCAUCCACUUGAUAUAUCAAUUUUUUCGAUUACUUCCCCACCCUUUCAUUGGUCCAAAAGGCAAAAGAUUCCACCACCGCCGUCACUUCUUAUGAAUGGGAAAUGAAAAACUUCUCAACGCGAUUCAAUCCUCAAGGCUCAGAAGUGGAGAACCCAAACAUACAAGAAGAAAAGAGAGAGCAACACAUCGAAGAAGAAAGAGCUAGACGCGACUGGGAAUUCAGUCUCUCCACUGUUGUUUCUUCGAGCUCUGACGGAGCCAGCACCGACACCAUCGGCAUCAUAGAGUUCGACCCCUCUGAUAACCUCGUGGUCACCGGAGGAAUCGCUAGGAAAAUUAGGGUUUAUAGUAUAAAAUCCUUCUUGUCCGACGAAAAUCAUAGCCAUGGUGAGCGCAAAGUUACAUGGUUACAACAUAAUGAUGCAUGUGACUACUAUGUAUGUACCCCAGCCAAGCUCAGUAGCCUAAGGUGGAAACCUGGCUCCGCCGGCCGAGUACUAGGCUCUGGUGACUACGAUGGGGUGGUCACCGAGUACGAUCUCGACCAAAAAAUCCCCAUUUUCGAACGUGACGAGCACGGUGGACGCAGAAUCUGGAGCGUGGACUACUCACAUUGGGAUCCGUUUGUUGGCGCGUCGGGCUCUGACGACGGCACCAUGCAAAUGUGGGAUCCACGUUGCGAGGGUAUAAAGAAUGUGGCCAAAGUACGACCCAGCGGGGGUGGUAGCGCGGUGUGUUGUGUGGAGUUCAACCCCUUCGGUGGUCCAUUGAUCGCUGUCGGGUGUGCGGACCGAAGAGCCUAUGGCUAUGACGUGAGGAAGAUGGUCGACCCGGUACUAAUAUUUGACGGGCACCAAAAGACCGUGACCUACGUGCGGUUUCUGGAUCAGCAUACGAUGGUGACAUCAGGGACGGAUGGCUGCUUAAGGCUUUGGAGUAUGCAUGACGCCCGAAUGAUUCGGGUGUACAUGGGGCAUAUGAACACUCGGAGCUUUGUGGGGUUGUCAGUGUGGAGAACAGGCGGGUUACUGGGAUGCGGGUCGGAAAAUAACCAUGUAUUUGUGUACGACAAGAGGUGGGGUGAGCCCAUAUGGGUGCAUGAAUUUGGGGUCGGGAGUCGAGAUGGGCGUGACCCGAAUUUUGUGAGCAGUGUGUGUUGGAGGCAAGUGGGCGGUGAGGAUGGGUGCACCCUUGUGGCUGGUGGGUCGGAUGGGAUUUUGGAGGUGAUUGUGGGGAAGAAAAAAGCAUUUUGAUGAUAGGAGAAAUACUAUAGUGAAAGAGGAAUGCUAACAAAGAAAGGGCCAUUUGUUUUGGUUUCUAUUUUUUUUUUUUGUUGGAAUGCUAACAAAGUUUUUCCUUUGUGGAUGUAUUAUACUUUACAAGUAUUGGUGUUGCCUGUUCUGGUA